AUGGCGCUAUCAAAUGUCCUCGAAACUCCUGGAGCCGGGUUUAAUUUUGACAACGUUGCGAGGAACGCCGCGUUGGAGGGUCUCUUUGACGCAGGACAGGCACCCAAACCUCUGAAGACUGGCACAACAAUAGCUGGAGUCGAUGGGGUGGUGCUGGGAGCCGACACAAGAGCCACCUCCAGUGAAGUGGUGGCCGACAAGAUGUGCGCCAAGAUCCAUUAUAUUUCCCCAAAUAUAUAUCUCAUACUGGGAGGAGUGGACUGCACUGGGAACCACCUGUACAGUGUGGGGCCGUAUGGGAGCGUGGAUCAUGUGCCAUACCUCGCAUUGGGAUCAGGUGACCUGGCUGCUCUUGGGAUUUUGGAGGAUGGAUUCAAAACCGACCUUGAGCUGGAGAAGGCGAAGGAGCUGGUCCGAGCCUCCAUCCAUGCUGGCAUCAUGAGUGACCUCGGCUCCGGCAACAACAUCGACAUCUGUGUCAUCACCAGACAGGGAGUGGACUACAUCAGACCCUACCAGGAGUCACAGUACAAAGACUGCAGGAAAAUGAAAUACAAGUAUCGUCCAGGAACAACACCAGUUCUCACAGAGAAAGUAGUCCCCUUAAAGCUGGAGGUCGUACAGGAGACCGUGCAGCAGAUGGAUACAGUCUGA